AUGUAUCUUGCAUCCUCCUCCUCCUCCUCCUCAACCUCCUCCUCAGUCUCCUACUCUUCCACCUCUUUCUCCUCCUCCCAUCCUUCCCCUCCGGCUCCUCCUCCCCUUCCACUUCCUCUUACACCUCUUCCGAUUCCACCUCCUCCUCCUCCUCCUCCUCCUUCUCUUCCACCUCCUACACCUCCUCUUCUUCCACCUCCUCUUUUUCCUCUCCCCGGGUCCAUCUUCUUUUUACCUCCCUCCUCCUCCUCUAUUCACCUCUCUCUUUGGUCCCCAUCUCCUUUACCCCUAUCCUCCUCCCCUCCUUCUCCUCCUCAUUCCUCCCCCCUCCCCCUCUCCUUUUUACCUCCUCCUCCUCCUUCUCCUCCUCAUCCUCCUCCUCCUUCUCCACCUCCGCCUCCACCACCUCCUCCUUCUCCUCCUCCUCCAAGGACCUCCCAAGACCGGCCCCCCGCCCCGCCCCCAACCCAAACUCGACGUUAUACGGGACACCACUACCUUUCGGGGGGUUAUUUCCCUCGUCCGUGA